AUGCCUGACAUCAGCAUUACUUUUAAUCGCCAGACGGUUAGUUGGUAUUACUCCGAUGAUUGGACUGUGUCUAAGCUGUGUAAUGAUAUACAAUCCAAGCUUAACCUCUCCAAUCAGAUCUAUCUUGGUCUCUAUGGUAGUGUCUUGGAUCCAAACACAUAUGUAUUGGAUACUACGCUUGUUCAAGAUAUCAUUACAGUUCUUGAUCAUAAUUUCCUUCCAACAAUAAAUUUGCCAGAUGAUUAUGAAGGUGACCCUCCAAAAGGACAUUUCAGAGUGUAUUCAACAGUUACAUAUGAGUCACUAACAAAAGGCAUUUUCAUGCCAGUUUCACCUGAUUUAGACUUUGAUUCACAAAGGGCUCACAUCAUCCAAGAAAUCGAAAAGACAUAUAAUAUUCAAGACAUUGAUGUCAUUGUAUAUUUGCCAGGUGCUAUUCCUUAUCUCCGUGGAACAAUUAAUGAUUUCUUUUCCAUUUACACUGCUGCAAAGAAGGUUUUGUAUAUCACUGUUGUAAGUAAAUCAGUUUCCACAUUCAGAGGUCUUUCAUUGCCAUCAUAUUACCAUUCAGUCAAAGCAAAUAUUUGUGCAAUUACAAAUGAUCAACAGAAAUUCUGUAUCUCUCCAUUAAACAACCUUCCAGAAGACACAGUUGUCUUAGGAUCAGCUUUAAUGGGCUUGUUAUGUGUCACAGAUUACAGAAUUCUCCAAAAGAUCAUUGGAUGGUUUGAGAACAACACAAAAUAUGCUCCAUGCAUCAUUGCUCUUCAUGACAUCCAGAAGAAAGCUUUGAUAAGGUAUCACCACAUUAUUACCAUCACAACAACUCUUUUUGCUAUUGUUAAGAAUAUUUACAACACGACUUCGAUUAACUAUAGCCAAAUCUUAGAUUUCUUCAAAUAUGUUGAUCACCAUUCACAAAGUUCUCCUUCAAGAGUUACAAUGAACAUCGCCCCAUUCUUGAACACAUCAACAGGACGCUAUUUCUUCCUGAAUUUCAGCGAUUAUGAAAGCAUCUCCACAUAUAAUUCAGAUUUCUCAAGAUGCUUUGCCACAACAAUCAAAAGAUCAUUACCUGAAGUCAAAGAUUUGAAUUCCUCUCAGAGCCAAAUAUUCAGAGAAUUCAAGAUUAUUGAAGCAAUCUCAAAUCCUAAUCCGAUGAUCAUCAGGGGAAACAACACAUUCUUACUUUCCCUUGGAACAUGCUACAAACAACAAGACAGUAAAAGCAUUGUUUCCCAGAAACAAAUCCAAUACAUUGAUCCAAAAGAAGGAGAAAUAAAGGUGGAAGUUAUUGACACAAUGGCUGAAGCUCUAAGAUCUAAAGGUGUUGUAAUCGACACUCCAAGUGAAACACAACAAAUCAACAUUAUCUGCAUUGAUACAUCAGGAUCAAUGGGCGGUACAAGCCUUGAAAUUGCAAAACAAUGCUUCAAAAUCAUUGUUAACAGAGCUUAUGAAGUCGGCCCAUUAUCACUCUGGGGUUUGUACAUUUUUGAUACAACGCCAAAAAUAAUUUUACCUUUAUCUCCAAUUCCAAACGAAUUUCACAGAGCUGUCGAUACAAUUAGAGCUUGGGGUUGCACUGCUUUAUACCGCUGCAUUGAAUUAGCACAAGAUGAAAUCAAUGCAAAAGUUAGGCAAAAACCAGAAUUCAAGAAUGCAAUUAAGAGAAUUAUUGCUCUUACAGAUGGUGGUGAUAAUGAAUAUCAUUAUAAAACGAAUAAUCACAUGCAAGAACUAGCUGAUAUUGCAAAUGGUUUAGUUAGAGACGGAAUCGUAUUUGAUUAUAUCGAAUUGGGAGAUGAUCCAGAAUAUCCACCACAAAACAUAGCAAUUAACUCAGGAGGAUGCUAUCUUCAGUUCUCCGAUAGAGAUUUCAUCAAAAAAGGAAACAGACAAAUCGAUAUCACAAAAAUUAGACGAAUCUUUGAAAGUGAUGGUUUCUUCAACUUAACACUCAGACAAUUUGGACCAGUUAAAGGCAAUUGUGUUGAUAGAGAUAUGACAGUGAAACAUUCUCCAAUCUCAAUAGUUCCUGUGAAGAAUUUCAAUUAUAAGCAAGAAGAACUUGAGACAUUGAAGAAGAGCAUUUAUCUCUUGGAGCAAAAGCCAGAAAUUACUCAACUUGAAAACGAGAUUUUGUUGAACAUGAAGGAUUGUGCAAUUCAUUUCGAAUCACAAAUCAAUAAGAAUUUCUACUUCUUCAUCAAGAAACCUUCUCCUAACGAUGAAGAUAAACAAUUCGGCAAAUACUGGAAUGUAUACAUGAGAACAAAGAAAGAUUCGCCAUAUGGUGCAAACAAAUGGUUGAAACUUGCAGUCAUCAUUCCAAAUGGAUUCCCAGUUACAGCUCCUGAAAUCAGAUUCUUAUCUGUUCCUUUGCAUCCAAAUAUCACAGCUGAUGGUUCAAUCAACAUCGAUGUUUUGAGAACAAGACACAACUCCAAUGUCACAAUCUUCUUUGCACUUCUUUCGAUCAGAAACAUGCUUUCAAAGCCAGAUUUCAAGAAUAUCCAGAACAUGGAUGUUUUGGAGCGAAUUACGCCAUCAGUCGAUCUGAUUUCUAUUAUUAGAAAUUCAAGCUUCUCAGAAGUAAGUUUGCCAGCUUACAAUGAAGAUUCAAGCGUAAUUGUCAAACUCGGAAGAGCGAGAACAGUCAAACCGAAAUUCUGUGACCCAUUCUCAUUCACAAGAAUGGAACAUCCAGUUAAGGCAUCAUCCGGAAACUACUUCGAAAAACAAGCCUUAAUCUACAAAUUGAGCCAAUCAAAUGGCAAUCUUAAUGAUCCAAUCAAUGGCCAGAAGAUUCAAGACGUCAAAAACACCCCUGAAGAUCUCCAGUUCUUAGGAUUCAUCAGAGAAUACAUGAAGAAGUAUAACGUUGAAUAA